AUGCAUAAAAAUCCAACAUGUAGGGUUGCAGAAACUUCACCAAGCAUUGAGAAUCAAAGCCACCGAGAACAGAUAACAGGGGAAGAACCCAUUCUUAUACAGUACCAACAAAAUGUUCAGGAUAGCCCAAGUGAUAUAGUAGGAAAAACAGCCAGCCCUAAAGUUGUUGGAAACAGAGCUCCUUGGAGGCAUGAAGUUGCUAUAGGAAAGGAGAGUGAGAUUUCUGUUCAGAAAUCUAGUAUGUAG